GGCUUGUGGGGAGCAGGACCCAGGCAGCAGCCAUGAUGUCCCUGCACCGGCAGCUCCGUGCCUUCCUGUGGGCCAGAGCCCAGGGGCCUGGGCUGGCCCUGGCCAAGGCCACAGUGGGUACCACAGUGCCUGGGAGGCUGAAGUCCCUGGAGGAGCUGCCCGGACCCGGUGUCCUGAGGUGCCUGUACUGGUACCUCCUGCGAGGGUACCUGCUGCACAUGCAUGACCUGCAGGGGAUCUUCAAGCAGCACUACGGCAGCCUGUGGAAGCAGCACAUGGGCCCCUACAUGACCGUGAACGUGGCCUGCCCUGAGCUGCUGGAGCAGGUGCUGCGGCAGGAGGGGCGCUUCCCCACCCGCUGCGACAUGGCGCUGUGGAAGGAGCACCGGGACCUGCGGGGCCAGGCCUACGGCCCGCUCACCGAGGAUGGGGAGCGCUGGCACCGGCUGCGCCAGGUGCUGAACCGGCGGAUGCUGAAGCCGACGGAGGCCGUGCUCUACACCGGGACCCUCAACGCCGUGACGUCUGACCUGUUGGGGCGGCUGGAGGCCGAGCGGCGCAGCAGCCCCUCGGGCCAGGGCUUGAGUGACGUGGCCAGCCUGCUCUACCGCUUCGCCUUGGAGGGCAUCGCCAGCAUCCUGUUCGAGACCCGCAUCGGGUGCCUGGAGCCGCAGGUGCCACCCGAGACCCAGCGCUUCAUCGACGCCAUCGGCUGCAUGUUCCGCGACUCCGUCUUCGUCACGGCCCUGCCCGCCUGGACCCGGGCGCUGCUGCCCUUCUGGGACCGCUACCUGCGCAGCUGGGACACCAUCUUCGCCUUCGGCAAGAAGCUGAUCGACCGCAGGAUGGAGGAGCUGGCGGCGCAGCAGGAGCGGGGCCAGGAGGCCUCUGGCUACCUGAGCUACCUGCUGGCCUGCGGCCACCUCACACCCACACAGGUCUACGGCAGCGUGGCUGAGCUGCUGCUGGCCGGUGUGGACACGACAUCCAACACGCUGUCGUGGGCUCUGUACCACCUGGCCCGGGACCCACAGGCCCAGGCCGACCUUCACCGCGAGGUGACCAGUGUUGUCGGGGGGCAGGUCCCCGAUGCCCCUCAUUUGGCCCAGAUGCCGCUGCUCAAGGCCAUCAUCAAGGAGACGCUCAGGCUCUACCCCGUGGUCCAGGUCAACUCCCGUGUGGCCGUGGAGAAGGACAUCAUUGUCGGGGACUACCUUUUCCCCAAGGGGACGCUCAUCAGCUUCGCCCACUUCACCUUGUCCCGGGACGAGCGCAGCUUCCCGGAGCCUGAGCGCUUCCUGCCCCAGCGCUGGCUCCGGGCCGGGGCCACCCCCCACCACCCCUUCAGCUCCAUCCCCUUCGGCUACGGCAUCCGCGGCUGUGUUGGCCGCCGCAUCGCUGAGCUGGAGAUGUACCUGGCCUUAGCACGGGUGAGCAGGGGGAUGUGCGUCCACAUGUACUUUUGUGGUAGCAUAUGUGAGGCUGCCUACAGCCUGGUGCCUUAG